AUGGCUAACAUCAAACCUUCCACAAAAGACCACACCUUGCUACAGAAGCCUGUAUUAACAGCCAAAAAUGGAGUGCAACAAAUUUUUGACUGUUUCCGCUACGGCACAAGGGAGCUGAAAGUACUACUCCAACAUGAAGUGGAUUUGAUAUAUGAAUGCCGUAUUUGUCGCAGCCUUUAUCGCGGACUGCCAAAUUUUAUUGAUCAUAAAAAAUCAUACUGCACUACACGGAUAAGUGUCACCAAUGAUAUAGCAACAAGCAAUCCUAAUUCUGAUGUACAGAAUAUAUUCCGCAGGGAGAGUGAAGAAAUGCCACAGCUUGAACUUGAAGUUUCUGAAGGCACAGAAAAGAAGGCAAACACCGCAGAUGAUAUUGUGGGACAUAAUUACUGCUGUACUCCAGUAGUAAGUGAACCGCUUGUUGUUACAAGACCGAUACAAACCACGACUAAGGCUGUUUACCAACAGUUGAUUAAACCAGUCAAAAAAGUAGAUCUGCGGGACCGCAUUAUGACAGCCAAACAGAAAACUGGUACCAGUCCGCCAUCCUCCCAUACAAUCCAAAGUAGAGCUGAUCAUUUAGACACCACGUCAUUGAUUGAUGAGAUCAGUGCCAGGCGAGCUGCCAACGCUGGCAUCAUGGUGGUCCAGCCAGAGUGCCCAGAUAAGAAAUAUGAAACAAGGAAUGUGAGAAAGACAGAGGUUAAGAAAGAGGCAAAACGGAUUUACAAACCAAAGGUGGUGUUAAAAAAGAAGCCGGAGGUGAAGAAAAAAGUCCAAAGCACUAGUGGCAAGCCUAAAAAUUUUGCUGCAUCACGGAUUCAGAAUCUGAAACCAUACGGUCGUCCUUCUUCUAAUCAGUGCAUCUGUCUGCUGUGUAAGAAGGCAUGUAAAAAUCGCACUUCAUUAGCCUGGCACAUGAGAGUCCAUAGCAAACAUCUCUACAAGUGUCCGAUUUGUCAGUAUUAUAACUACUCCUCAGACUAUCUCAGACAACACAUGCUUCUGAGACAUGAGUCGUCAGAAGCUGAAAUUGAGAAAGUCAUUGAAAAUCGGAUUACCACAAAGCAGGAUGUUAAUAUCCAGAGUGACAAAGAAGUGGCAGCAUACACGCUUAUCGUUAAAGAUGGUAAGAAAAUGUUAGCUUCAAAAAAAGUUGGAGGAUCUACUGAAGCUCAAGUAACAGAGCUGAGUCCAUCUGAGCUUAAAAUAAAGAAAGAUGUUGAUGAGACUCAACUUCAGAAAAUGACGAUAGAGAUGGAAAAAGAAAGUGAACUUAAAUUGCCGCCUGUGGUCAAGUUCCCCCAGCCUAGUCUUACUCUUCACCCGUGCUCAAUAUGUGGGAAAUCAUUCGCCAGCAAGCGCAACUUAGCACGUCAUGAAAAACAACAUUUGCUGAAGGCGGAAGAGGAAGAAGAAGAGGUUGUAAUAAAAAGAAAAAAACCUUUGAAGCCUUUGAAGAAUGUAUCUUCCAAACCGUGUAUGAAUGUUGAUCAGGCGCGAGCCGACGUUGAAGCACUGAUGAAUGUGAAAAAUUUGAAGUGCCUAAAGUGUGGCAAGCAGUUAUAUGCGUUGACGUCGUUGAGGAAACAUGUUCGGAGUCAUUUUGGAUAUAAUAGCUACACGUGUAGGUUCUGUCCACAGUUCAUUACCACUGACUACUCAAAUCUUAAACGUCAUCUCGCACGUAAACAUGCUAAGAAGUUCCGUAACCCUGAGCAGAUAAGAAGUGCUAUUAGCACCAUGAAGAGUGGUAUCUGGCUAUCCAUCAAUGGAUCGGGUGCUCCGCGAUCAAAUGGGCCUAAUUGCAGCUCCCCCAUCGCUGUAAAGAAAGAGUCGCCUGAAAAGCACCAGGAAUGCCAGACAAGUCCAGGUGGGGCUAGUGUGAAGUCAGCCUCUAGUACUGGUGGAAGUCCCAACAAUCGUGGACAAGCACGGUUAGAACGCAUCCCGUUUGAACUCAAAUGUGACCAGGUGGUGAAAUCUGGUUCUGGUCAUACAAAUCCAGCUAAGAUGGCAGCCAUUGCAAAGAUUAUUAGCGAAAAACACAUGAGAUGCGAGAGAUGCAAAAAGAAGUUUGAAUCUAUGCAGUUGCUUAAGAAACAUGCAGCAAGGCAUCUUGGGUAUCACACAUUUAAGUGUAAGUUCUGUAAAUUUGUCUCUCAUAGCUAUUCCUGGUUUAAAAAUCAUCUCAGAAAAGACCACCUUAAAAAGGUGAAAAGUGAGGAACAAUUACGAAAAUUAAUGCGUGAUAUGAGAGUUAUGAAAAUGUAA